ACAAAAAAAACACUCUCCUAAAUCUCCUUCCAAAAAAAAUCACAAACGCACUCUCCUUAGCUAAUAGAAAAAAAAAAAAAACAAUGGCCCUUCAAGCCCUCAACUCUCCGACAACUCCGACGCCGCCGUCGUUCAAGCUCGACAACACUGCCACCAUAAACUACCUCGAGCCGUGGUCGAAGGGCAAGCGCUCGAAGCGCCCCCGCACCUCCGAUCACCCCACCGAAGAGGAGUACCUCGCCCUCUGCCUCAUCAUGCUCGCCCGCGGCGGCGCCGCCUCCUCCACGGCGGCGCCACCGCCGAAAAGCCUCCCACCGCCGCCGCCGCCGGCGGUUUACAAGUGCUCUGUUUGCAACAAGGCGUUCGGGUCCUACCAAGCCCUGGGCGGCCACAAAGCCAGCCACCGCAAGCUCAGCUCCGGCGGCGGCGGCGACGAGCACUCCACCACCACCUCCUCCGCCGUGACAACGACCUCCGGCGCCGGCGCCGGAGGGAGAGUGCACGAGUGCUCCAUCUGCCACAAGGGCUUCCCCACGGGGCAGGCCUUGGGAGGGCACAAGCGCCGCCACUACGACGGCGGAGCCGCCGCCGCCGCCGCCAGCUGGUCGGAAGGGGUGGGGUCCACCGUUAGCCACCGGGAUUUCGACCUCAACCUGCCGGCGUUCCCUGAUCAGUUCUGGCGGAGAUUCGGGGGCGAGGACGAAGUCGAAAGCCCGCACCCGGCAAAGAAGGCGCGGACUUCGCCGCCGGCGGAGCUGAAAUUUGUUUGAAAUUAUUAGGAAGUUGAUGAUUAAUUGAUUUUUUUAAAAAAAUUGUUAGUUUUGAUUUGGUAGUGGGAAUUUUUUUGUGAAUACAAGUGGGAUUCAGUGGUAGUGGUAGUGAUUAUUUAUUGAUUCAAUUGAUUUAUUAUAGUGGGACUAUAUAUUUAUUUGAUUAAAUGAAGAUUGUAUUAUUGUUGAAA